AUGGCUCAAUCAUUUUUACUCAUUGGUGGUGUGGUGAUGUCUCUCUUUUGUACUCGAAUUGCCGAUUCUGCUUCACUUAAUUACGAUCAUGAUUUGACCAAGUUUCUUCAAAUGAAUGAUAUCGUAAUUAAUACCGCCAAUGAGUUUCUUCAGGAAGAAGAGAAGCGAUUGGCCACUCUCAAGAAACACAUUGAAGAUUAUAGAAAGGAACACGAAGAAGCAAUACGAAAGAUGUCACUAAAUUGUAGUGUUGCAACUCAGGAAACUUCCGUCAAUGAUGAGAAUAAGGUUAAGGAAGCAGAUAAGAAAGCGGACGUCCUUCAUACACCUAUCUAUGCUGACAAAGAGCACAUUAGGCUCUGUAGAGGAGACACUUUACUACCGGCGGAUAUACAGAAAAAACUGAAAUGCCGAUACAUCGAUCGUGGUGUUCCUUUUCUGAAAAUAGCACCCUUUAAAGAAGAAGAAGUAUAUGUGGAUCCUAAAAUUGUUGUAUACCACGAUGUAAUUUAUGAAGAGGAAAUAGAGAAUAUCAAAAGUUUAUCAGAGCCUAUGUUGAAAAGUGCACAAAUCUUUAAUAAGAUAACUGGCAAAUUAGAACAUUCUAAAGCUAGAGUUACCAAAAUUGCCUUUAUUAAAGAUGAGAAAAAUAAACACGUCAAGCUUUUGAGUCGUCGAGUGGAGCAUAUCACAGGUUUGACGGUGGAUACAGCCGAGCAACUGCAAAUUGGUUACUACGAAAUCGGAGGCUUUUAUCAACCACACUUUGAUUUCGCAACAAAAGAUAUCGUUAGCCCUUUCAGUGCUCGUGUUGGAAACCGUCUCGCCACAAUUCUGUUUUAUAUGAAUGACGUAACAAAGGGUGGUGGUACAAUUUUCCCUACGUUGAACUUUACCGUAUGGCCUAAAAAAGGUAGUGCAUUAUUCUGGUACAAUCUUAAACGAAAUGGAGAAGGAGAUCUUUCAACUUUUCAUGCAGCAUGUCCAGUACUUUCUGGCACAAAAUGGAUUGCGACCAAAUGGCUGCACGAAGUAGGUCAAGAAUUUCGCAGGCCCUGUACUUUAUUGGAAUAUGAAUAA